AGAAGACGUACUCAUGCCGGCUCGGCUUUUUCAAUCGUUUGGCUUGGCUUCAUUCUUCAUUUAAAAAUCUAUCAUCCAAUCCUUCCUAGAAAUAGGAAUAAAAUAGUUAUUAUAAAAUUUUGAUAAUUUCUGUAUGAAUAUUUCGUAUUUCUGUGUCUUGUAGACUUGUGAUUAAUUUGGUACUUGUCCCUUGUCUCAGUUUCGUCGUCCUUUGUCCGAUUUUUGAAGAGUGCAGUGCAAGCAGAAACAUGGGGGAUGCAAAAUCCUUUUUGCAUCAGUAUUGCCAGAAAACUAAAGUUGAGCCCGUCUUUGAAGUCAGACCCACAGGUCCAAAACACCGUCAAAGAUUCCUCUGCGAAGUUAGAAUAAAUGGACACAGUUACGUGGGCGCUGGCAAUUCGACCAACAAGAAAGAUGCCCAAAGCAAUGCUGCAAGAGAUUUCCUCAAUUAUUUAAUGAGGCAGGGCCUGAUAGCCAAAAGCGACCUAUCUUUCGACUUGGAUGCGGCCCCUACACUUGUUGGAGGAAAUGAAGGCCAGCAACCACCACAGCAGGAAAACUUCCCCGAAAAACCCCAACAUCAAGUAUUCGAACAGGGCAUGGGUCCCUCCAACUUUGGAGAAGCCUACAGGCCAAGUGGGGCGGAAAAAGAUAAUUGGCAUUACAUGGACCGAGCUCAGGAGCAAAAACGAAUGGAAGAAGCCGAGGAUUUGGAUGUCAACGCUGGCAUACACGGAAAUUGGACAGUGGAGAAUGCCAAAUCUAAACUACAUCAGUUUAUGCAGAGUAAUAAAAUCAAUGCUGAUUAUAAGUAUACUCAAGUUGGACCUGAUCACGCUAGAACUUUUGUGGCAGAAAUAAGUUUCUAUGUGAAACAACUCAAUCGUACUGUUCACGGCCGAGAUGGUGGUUCAAACAAGCAGACUGCAAGUAAAAGUUGCGCUUUGUCAAUGGUCAGACAACUUUUUCAUCUUGGAGUUAUCGAAGCGUUUUCAGGUACAUUGAAGAAACAGAAAAACGCCGCAGAAAUGGCACCGUUCAAAGUGGCAAUAGCUCCUCAAUUGCAGAAACAAGUCCAAGACGUCUUGGAUGAACUAAACGUGCAUCCCAUUGUGACAAAAACAGAAAACAAAGAUCCUGUAUCUUUAUUGUCGACUCACGUUUUGGACGAUUUUCAUCCAGCUCCAGUAACACAAGCUGGAGUUGUGCCAUGGUCUCCACCACAACAAAACUGGAAUCCGUGGACAGGUUGUAAUAUCGAUGAAGGUUUUCUAGCGACAGCUACAAUGGACCAAAUAAGCGAACACAUGCUUGAAGAAGCCAAACUGAAACAAAGCAGUGACAGUAAGUGGCAAGAAAACCUCGAAAAAAGACAAACUCUACCGGUAUUCAAAUCAAAAGCCUCUAUUAUGGAAGCCAUCAACGAAAACCCAGUAAUUAUUAUUAGAGGCAACACUGGUUGCGGUAAAACCACUCAAAUCUGCCAAUUCAUUUUGGAAGAUUACAUUAUGUCGGGGCAAGGUGCUUGGUGUAGCAUUGUGGUAACUCAACCGCGUCGUAUUUCGGCUGUUUCAGUAUCAGAGCGAGUUGCUAGUGAAAGGGCUGAAGAAAUGGGACAAGCUGUUGGAUAUUCAGUAAGAUUCGAAUCAGCUUUACCUCGCCCAUAUGGCUCAGUAUUAUUCUGCACAGUUGGUGUACUUUUAAAAAAAUUAGAAAACGGCUUAAGAGGCGUGAGUCACGUUAUUGUAGACGAAAUUCACGAGCGUGACGUAAACAGCGACUUUAUAAUGGUAGUUUUACGUGACAUGGUUCACACCUACCCCGACCUGAGAGUUAUUUUAAUGAGCGCCACCAUAGACACCACAUUAUUCUCCAAAUACUUCAAUAAUUGUCCAGUAAUUGAAAUUGAAGGAAGAGCUUUCCCUGUCAAACAAUAUUUCUUGGAGGAUUGCAUCGAAAUGACUAAAUUUGUACCUCCGGUUGAUUUGAAAAGGAAAAAUAGAAGCGGCAAAAAGGAUGACGAAGGAGACGAAGAUACUGUGGCCGACGAUUCUGAUGAGAAUUUGAAUGCCGUUAUUAGCGGGCAAUAUUCAGUACAGACUAAGAAUGCAAUGGCCCGAGUAAGCGAGAAGGAGAUUAGUUUUGAGUUGAUGGAAGCUUUGUUGACUCAUAUCAAGAGCUUGAAUACUCCAGGAGCAGUUUUAGUGUUCUUGCCUGGCUGGAACCUUAUCUUUGCCAUGAUGAAACAUUUACAAAACCAUCCCGUUUAUGGUGGAUCUCAAUAUUGCAUUCUACCUCUGCAUUCGCAAAUCCCCAGAGACGAUCAACGCAAGGUAUUCUUGCCAGUUCCGCCCCAUGUAACGAAAGUAAUUUUAGCUACAAACAUUGCCGAAACUUCAAUUACAAUCGACGAUGUAGUCUUUGUUAUAGACAGUUGCAAAGCUAAAAUCAAAAUGUUUACGUCUCACAACAAUAUGACUAGCUACGCUACUGUUUGGGCUUCCAGAACCAAUUUGGAGCAAAGGAAAGGACGUGCUGGCAGAGUUAGGCCUGGAAUUUGCUUUCAUUUAUGCUCCAGAGCCAGAUUUGAAAAAUUAGAUGAACAUAUGACUCCAGAAAUGUUCAGGACUCCACUGCACGAGCUCGCGCUUAGCAUUAAAUUAUUAAGACUUGGUGGAAUUGGACUUUUCUUGUCUAAAGCCAUCGAACCUCCGCCAUUGGAUGCUGUCAUUGAAGCUGAAGUUCUUUUACGAGAAAUGAAAUGUCUGGACCAAAAUGAUGAACUAACCCCGUUGGGACGUAUUAUAGCUAAGCUCCCAAUCGAACCUAGGCUGGGAAAAAUGAUGAUUUUGGGAUGUAUUUUUAUGUGCGGAGGUCCUUUGGCUACUAUGGCUGCUAAUUCGUCUACGUUUCCCGAAAUUUUUUCUAUGGAUAUGGGUCAGAGAAGAUUGGCCGGACAUCAGAGAGCCUUGGCUGGAGAUAGGCACUCAGAUCAUGUCGCUAUGCUGACUGCGUUUGAGCUUUGGGAUCAAUCUAGGCAAGGAGGCGAAGAAGCAGAACUUCGUUUUUGUGACUACAAAGGCAUCAGUUUGCCAACGAUGCGCACCACUUGGGAAGCCAAGCAUCAGUUGCAACAAAUUCUCAAUAAUUGCGGUUUUCCUGAAGAAACAAUGAUGCCGUUGCCCAUGGAAACUGUUGGGCCAGAUCCAAGAUUAGACGUUAUCAUGGCGUUUAUGUCUUACGGUCUCUAUCCGAAUGUUUGUUAUCAUAAGGAAAAAAGAAAGGUUUUGACGACAGAAAGUAAAGCAGCCCUGAUACAUAAAACGUCGGUGAACUGCAGUAAUUUUGAACAAAACUUCCCUUAUCCGUUCUUUGUUUUCGGAGAGAAAAUUCGUACCAGGGCUGUGUCAUGUAAGCAAAUGUCCAUGGUUUCGCCUAUACAUCUUUUACUGUUUGGAUCGAGAAAGGUUGAUUGGAUUGAUGGAGUAGUUCGAUUAGACAACUGGAUUAAUUUAGACAUGGAUCCACAAGUUGCUGCUGAAAUAGUAGCUCUAAGGCCUGCAUUGGAAAGUCUAGUGAUCAGAACAUCAAAGGAACCAGAGCAGAUUAUGGAUAUGAGUGAAACUGACAAAAAGGUUGUUACAUGCAUAAAAGAACUAUGCAAACUUCACGCUGGUAGUUUUGGAAUUGAACGAGAAAAAGCAAGCUCUAUGAAUAUGGGCAUGGGCAAAAGACCACCAAGAGGACACAGUUUGGGCGGUUAUUCCGGUCCUCCUCCGAAAAUGUUCCGUGGUAAUAGCAGAGGCGGUGGUUAUGGAGGCCGAGGAGGCGGUGGUGGUGGAUACGGAGGUAGCGGAGGAUACAGAGGAGGCGGCGGUUAUGGAGGAGGUGGUGGAUAUGGAGGAGGCCGAGGAGGUUUCAGAGGUGGAUUCAGAGGGGGAUUUUAAUAAUUAAUACUGCUUCUCAUUAAUAUGUUUAAAUUAUUCAUAGGAAACCUUUUAAUUUUAAUUUUGUUUUUACUAGUUCAAAUAUUAGGCUGGUACAAUAGUUAAUUAUUGUGAUUUUAAGUUCAUGAAAUAAAGAAAAUGUAAGUAAUGCAUUAAGAU